AUGGAGUUUAUUUUGCUGGGAUUUCCUCUCAGCAGGCAGGUGGAGCUGCUGUUCUUGGUGCUGCUACUGCCCACAUUCCUGCUGACGCUCCUGGGGAACCUGCUGAUCAUCUCUGUGGUGCUGUCCUACUCCCGCCUCCACACCCCCAUGUACUUCUUCCUGUGCAACCUCUUCCUGGACAUCCUCUGCACCUCCGUCAUUUCUCCAAAAGCAUUGGCCAACUCAGUAUCUGGGGAUAAAACCAUCUCCUUUGCUGGCUGUAUCUACUAUUGCUAUUUCUACUUCUUCCAGGGCACGGUAGUGUUUCUCCUGCUGGCAGUCAUGUCCUAUGCCCGCUAUGUCACCAUCUGCUACCCCCUGCGGUAUAGCACCAUCAUGAGGCCUUCUGUCUGCAUUGGGACCGUUGUGUUCUCUUGGUGGGCCCUGGCUGGCCCUGGCCUGUGUGGCACCACUGCCAUUGAGCUGAUGCAUUUUAUGCUUUCGUCCACAGUCAUCCUCUGCUGCAGGGUCCUCGUGGCCUAUUCCUAUACGUACAUCGCCCCGACAGUAACGUGCAUCCCUUCUGCAAGUGGGAGGAAGAAGCCCUUCAACACCUGUGCUUCCCACCUGACCAUAGUUGUGAUUUCUGGUAGCAUCAUGGUGUUAUAUGUGACUCCCUCCCAGAAAGAAUAUCUGGAGAUCAACAAGGUCCCUUCCGUCCUGAGCAGUGUUGUUGCUCCAUUCCUCAACCCCUUCAUAUGUACUCUGAGGAAUGACACGGUGUUGGGGGUCCUCAGGGAUGUGUGGGUCAGAGUUCGAACAGUUUUGGAAAAGAUAUUAAAAGAGAGGAUUGCCUUAGCAAAAGGAUGA